UCUUGAAGACUGUAUCGCGGAGUGGUUUGGAGGUUUCACACAGUUCCUUAGUAAAGGGCGUUGGGAAUGGUGUGAGUUAUAACGUUACUACUUUUUUCUGAGUGUACGGACUGACAGAGGACUCCCACUUACACAACGAUCCUGGUUCUUCGCUCAUAAUGGAUUUGAAGAAUAUCUUGAUCAUAUUUGGGUUGUGUCUCUGUUUCCACGUUUCUCAGGGAAAAGUACAAUUUGAAGAUCUUUUCCAAUUCGGCGUCACCUCUUUUGAAGAUGUCGUUGAUAUGAAAGCUGAACGUUUCGAAAAGCUUGAGAAAAACGUCUCUCUGCAUCGUUGCAAGUACGCAUGCGUAGACAACACUUCAUGCCAUGGGGCUGUCUUCAGUGAGAUCAACUCUGACGGGUGUUUCCCGACAAACUGCACCCACUUCUACUCCCGGGGAUUGCACGGGGAAUGUCAUCUCCUCACAUUUAAAGACGAUGCUGACGUAAUUGACUUUGCUGAGGAACUUACAGGGAAAAGGCGUUAUUAUUUCUUGAACCUUCCCACUAUGUGUCGUCCGAUACCUAUACCCCAGACGAAGAUGGAGCGGGGAUUCACAGCCCCCGAAGUGUACAACGUCGCCCGUGACAAGGAGAACAACGCCUGCUACAUUUUCAAAUACCGCUGUCGCCACAACUCCACUGCUGUCGGUGGCAACGUUGAGGCCAGGUGCUGUGACAACGGCACCCGAACUCCCGUCACUCUCCAGUGCCAAGAAAACAAGCAAGCAUGACAACUCCGUUCAACAGGCAACGAAAACGUAGAAUCUUCGAUCUGGAUCUAGAAUGUAUUUAGGCUUUGAGUUCGUUUGAUUUACAAAUGUGGGGAAACAAAUUUAAACUUAUAAGAAUAUUUUUUUCAGUUAUUAAAGAAAGUAUCCUUU